AAGACGGAGAAAGGGAGGGAGCGCGGUAAUGGUAUGUGGUGGUGGGGGGGUUGGAGUUUGAGGGUGCAAAGAAUUGGAAUUGGGAGUUUGGAGUGAGGAGGAUGGAGUACAGAUGCGUGGAGUGCGGGAACGCAAUGAAAUCUCUGUUCGUACAGUACUCUCCCGGCAACAUACGGCUCAUGAAAUGCGAGAGGUGUAGAGCAGCUGCGGACGAGUACAUCGAAUGCGAAAUCAUGAUUAUUGUUAUAGAUUUGAUCCUGCAAAAGCCCAAAGCAUAUAGACAUCUACUGUAUAACGUGCUCGGACCAAAAAGUUCCUAUUUUGAGCAGGGUUUGCUUGGGAAAUUGAGUUUUGGGUUUCUUGUUUUGGAUGGCUACAGGAGUCUUUUUAUAGAUAGAAGCAGAGAACAAUUGGGUUUGUCCACAAGCUUUUCCUCUUUACUUUGGAGAUUUCAAAAGCUCUUGAUGGAUGUAUUUCUUGGAAACUUCAUCUUUCUUUCUACUUUUCUACUUGCAACGAGGAUCUUCUUGAGUGCAUCAGUUGGAUCCCUCAGAUACAAAGAAAUUCUGCCAGCAAUCCUUAUUUCGAGUUACUUCAAGUUAUUUCUUUUGGCUAUGAUGGUUUGGGAAUUUCCAUCUUCUGUGGUUUUCAUUAUUGAUUUAUUUGUUGUAUCAGCCAACACUGUCGCAUUGAAAGUGAUUACUGAGUCAACGACAAGUAGAUGUGUGGCUAUCUGCUCCUGUGCACAUUUCAUGAAGUUUUUGGUGACACAAGUGCUGGAGUUGAGAAGCUCUUGAAGCUAAAAAAUUUUUGUUUUCCAAACUUUUUUCUUCUACCUGGAAAGUAGCAUGAUUCAAAUUUUAUGCUCUGUAAAAAAAAAUUAUUACAGGAAAGGCCUCUACUGUUUGAGUAGAAUGUUAUAAAAUUUGUGAUUGAAUUACGCAUUUGCUGGAUUAAUGAAACAAAAGCAGCAUAGUGGAAGUUAAUCAGUC